AUGAGUCAAUUUCGGGAUGGUGUCGGUUCAGUGCUUGCAAGUGAGGGCAUUGACGAUCGUUGGGUGGCUCAGGAAAUCGGAUUGCCUGCGAUUGAUGAGUGCCUGUCCUUUCAUAGACGGUUAGGCGUCAAGCUUGUACCUCAAUUGGGUCUGGGCGAACCAUGGCUACCCAUUUGGUCUGGUGUCCUUGGUUCAACUCAAGCCACUUCGCAUGUUGAAGUGUCGUCUUACUCUCGCUAUGGCCAUACCAUGAUCGCUGCCUUGGUCGUGCCCUAA